AUGGCGGCCGUUCCAUUUGACGCGAAUCAAGCAACUCAGGCUGCACAAUGGAGUCAACAAUACAAUGGCAAUUUUUCAGCAGUAAAUAAUAAACCAGCAGGUAAUAGUAACACAUCAGCACUUCCAAAAGCUGAGAAUCCUGCCUGGGAAAUAGCCAGGAAGGAGCUUGAAAAAGCAAAAGGCGAGUCACAGAAAAACACCAACCUGCAGCAAUCACAACAGCAACAGCAGCAAGCUUACGCUAAUUACUAUCAACAGUAUGGAAUGAUGCAGCAAUAUUCAUAUGGUUAUCCAAAUUUUCCUGUGCCUCCGCCACCUCCACCACCACCUGGAAGUUAUGGAUAUUAUCCUGGUUUUCCAGGGCCUCAACAGCAGCAGCAGCAGCAAGAACCAAUGCAAACAAAUGAUAACACAUCUGAGAAAAGACCUUCAUACUCUGAUGCUGCCAAAGGAAAGAGUCAUAACAAUAAUUGGGGAAAUCAGCAAAACGGCAAUACAGAAUCAUCAGUAACUAUAGGAGUUCGUUUUAGUAUUCCUAGUAAACGUUCCCUGUCAAAUUCGCCUGUAGCUUCCUCUGAUAAAACAGAUGCAGGUAUACUUCAAAAUAGGCAAUAUGUACAGCGAGCAUUUGCUAAAUGCGAGACUGAAAUAGACAAGGAUCAAGUUGAGAUUGUACUAAAGGGCACCUUAACUCGAGCCUUUAAUGAUGGAACUGCCUGGAGUAAAGACUGGAGUGAUGAGAAAUUACCAAAAGUUCACAGUGAAACUUUAAAAGAGAAGAAAAUGAUGCAAUCCAAUAGAGUGCAAGAAAUGUUGCAGAAAUCAUUGCCGAAAGCUACUCCAGACAGACAUGAAGGAGGGAUUCAAAAUUUUAGAAAUAGACGAGGAAGGUCAACAUUUGGUUUUGUAGGACGUCGUUAUUCUCGCUCUCUGAGCAGGAGUCGAAGCAGAAGUCGAAGUAGGAGCAGAAGUAGAAGCAGAAGCAGAAGCAGAUCACCAUACUCUCGUUAUUCCAGACGUAGAAGAUAUAGUGGUAGUGGCAGUGACAGUUCUGAAAGAGACGACCGCCGUAGUCCAGAUCACUUCAAUCACAAAUUUGGAAGAAGACGUGGGCGUGGACGUGGAUUCCGCGGAAUGGGUAGAAAUGAGAAGACACCUGGAAGUGGACGAAAGAACAGGGAAAGAAACAAUAGGAUAGAGAAGCGUGGCAUUAAAGAUGACGAUCCUGAAAAGCAGAAUAGUGAUGAUAGUGAUCCUGAUUGGACUUAUGAACCAGUUGUGGGGACGUGUCAGGAUCUAGCCAAGCAAUAUCUUAGAUUAACCACUGCACCUGAUGCAGCUACAGUACGCCCAGUAGAGGUCUUAAAGAAAUCACUCAAGAUGGUAAAAGAAGACUGGAAAACAAAGUCUGAUUAUCGAUAUGCAUGCGAACAGUUGAAAUCCAUAAGACAGGAUCUCACUGUUCAGCGUAUUAGAGAUAAGUUCACGGUUGAGGUUUAUGAAACACAUGCUAGAAUUGCAUUAGAAAAUGGCGACCAUGGCGAGUUUAACCAGUGUCAGACUCAAUUAAAAGCAUUGUAUUCUGACAAUUUGCCUGGCAGUGUGCACGAGUUUACAGCUUACAGAAUUAUUUAUUACAUAUUUACAAAAAGCACUAUAGAUUUAUCAACUGUCAUGGCAACACUAAGUCGUGACUUGCAGCAGGACGAAUGUGUAAAACAUGCCCUCGCAGUCAGAUCUGCCUGGGUUCUUUCAAAUUACUAUAAAUUUUUUAAACUUUACCAGAAAGCUCCUAAAAUGAGUGGUUACCUUAUAGAUAUGUUCAUUGAAAGAGAACGACAGGCUGCCAUCAAAACCAUUGUCAAAUCAUAUCGUCCUACAGUUGAAGUAUCUGUUGUACAGCAGAUGUUGGCAUUUCCCGAUCUUACAGCCUGUCAGGAGUUUUUAGUUUCAAACGGUGCCAUCUUAACACAAGAUAAAAGUGUGUUGGACUGUAAACAGAGCCAGUCCACACUCUCCAGUUGAUAAAUCUCAUCCGGGGUAUAUUUUGAAUGGGGGGUUUAUAAUAAUUCUUGCCGCUUUCCCUCUUUAUUUUUCUAUUCACAAGCCAGUUGGAGUAAUGUACAAGUGUGGCUCCAGCACCUCGUUUGAUGCAGUCCAACCCCUUCUCUGCCUCCAGCAAAAUGGUCUCCCAUAGUCAUGUGGAGGGAUGUUAGAGUGCAUCACCAUUUCAAUGCUACCAUGUCGGCACCUAUGGUAUCCAAUCCCAGUCAUUGGUAAAGUCUGAAGUAUCCUGGUAAACUGCCACACACAACGGCAAUUUACAGGUUAUUAACCACUUCUCACUACACUUCUAGUAUUAUCCAGCAUAGUCUCGUCAUCAGCCCACCCAGAUUGAUUAGCACCGAUGGUUCCUAUGUAGAUGCCUCAUCUGAUCUAAUGCAGCCAAACAGGAUCGUGGUAACUUCAAUCAGUUGAUAAAUGGAUGUCCCUCGAUCUCCGUUAGUGGUUACAUCCAGUACAACUCAUCAGUGGUGAACCAAGUUGUUCGUUCACCGACACCAUCAGCCCAGCUUGUAAGUUUCAACUCAUCCAGUAUGUGCUUUCGUUAUCUCAUUUAUGGUGCAAAUCUCUUCCAGUUCAUACCAAUCCUUAGUCCAGCAGAGUAGCUUGCAUGCCGUUUCCAGAUUAUAUUCUUCAUCAGUGCUGCUCGCUUGAAUAAAUCCAGCCAGUAGACAACACAGACUUUACAGUAAUUUAUGAUUGAGCCCACAUGGCCAGUUAUUGUUUAUACAUUUUUUUUUUUGCCGACACUGACAUUGUAUAUUUAUGACUUUGACUGCCCCAACCAACCGACUGACCAACGCAGUAUUGUUUGUACAUGUUGAUUUUAUUCGUUUAUGCUUUUCAUCGUAUCAGGUUAUAGUUGUUGACAUGUACUUUCCAUAAUUGUAGAUAUCUCCACCAGCAUCAGUAUAUAUAUAAAAUAAAAUAAAAUCAGCAAAAAUGAUAAUAUAAA